AUAUUUGGGAAGUUCCGUGGGGAAAAUGGCGGCGGCCGGGAGCACCCUUCUCUUCUUGCCGCCGGGGACUUCAGACUGAGCCUUCUUGGGAAGAGUGGGGACGGCUGGUGCCCUGCGUCCCGAAAGCCCGAACCAACUUGGUUCCCUCGUUAGUGGUGGGGGAGGGCUUAUCCUCUUGUGUAGGACUCAGGACCUCCCCACCGUCAGGAUGAAGGCUCAGGGGGAAACCGAGGAGUCGGAGAAGCUGAGUAAGAUGAGUUCUCUCUUGGAACGGCUACAUGCAAAAUUUAACCAAAAUAGACCUUGGAGUGAAACCAUUAAGCUUGUGCGUCAAGUCAUGGAGAAGAGGGUUGUGAUGAGUUCUGGAGGGCACCAACAUUUGGUCAGCUGUCUGGAGACAUUGCAGAAAGCUCUCAAAGUAACAUCUUUACCAGCAAUGACUGACCGUUUGGAGUCUAUAGCAAGACAGAAUGGACUGGGCUCUCAUCUCAGUGCCAGUGGCACUGAAUGUUACAUCACGUCAGAUAUGUUCUAUGUGGAAGUGCAGUUAGAUCCUGCAGGACAGCUUUGUGAUGUAAAAGUGGCUCACCAUGGGGAGAAUCCUGUGAGCUGUCCAGAACUUGUACAGCAACUAAGGGAAAAAAAUUUUGAUGAAUUUUCUAAGCACCUUAAGGGUCUUGUUAAUCUUUAUAACCUUCCAGGGGACAACAAACUGAAGACUAAAAUGUACUUGGCUCUCCAAUCCUUAGAACAGGAUCUAUCUAAAAUGGCAGUUAUGUAUUGGAAAGCAACCAAUGCUGGUCCCCUGGAUAAGAUUCUUCAUGGAAGUGUUGGCUAUCUUACUCCAAGAAGUGGGGGUCAUUUAAUGAACUUGAAGUACUAUGCCUCUCCUUCUGAUCUGCUGGAUGAUAAGACUACAUCUCCCAUCAUUUUGCAUGAGAAUAAUGUUCCUCGAUCAUUGGGCAUGAACGCAUCAGUGACAAUAGAAGGAACAUCUGCUAUGUAUAAACUUCCAAUUGCACCAUUAAUUAUGGGGUCACAUCCAGUUGACAACAAAUGGACUCCCUCCUUCUCCUUAAUCACCAGUGCCAACAGUGUUGAUCUUCCUGCCUGUUUCUUCUUGAAAUUUCCCCAGCCAAUCCCAGUAUCUAGAGCAUUUGUUCAGAAACUUCAGAACUGCACAGGAAUUCCAUUGUUUGAAACUCAACCAACUUAUGUACCCCUCUAUGAAUUAAUCACUCAGUUUGAGCUGUCAAAGGACCCUGACCCCAUACCUUUGAAUCACAACAUGCGAUUUUAUGCUGCUCUUCCAGGUCAGCAGCAUUGCUAUUUCCUCAACAAGGAUGCUCCUCUUCCAGAUGGCAGAAGUCUACAGGGAACCUUAGUUAGCAAAAUCACCUUUCAGCACCCUGGCCGAGUUCCUCUGAUCCUCAAUCUGAUCAGACAUCAAGUGGCCUAUAACACCCUAAUAGGAAGUUGUGUCAAAAGAACUAUUCUGAAAGAAGAUUCUCCUGGGCUCCUCCAAUUUGAAGUGUGUCCCCUCUCAGAGUCCCGUUUCAGCGUAUCUUUUCAGCACCCUGUGAAUGACUCCCUGGUGUGUGUGGUUAUGGAUGUACAGGACUCAACACAUGUGAGCUGUAAACUGUACAAGGGGCUGUCAGAUGCACUCAUCUGCACAGAUGACUUCAUUGCCAAAGUUGUUCAAAGAUGUAUGUCCAUCCCUGUGACGAUGAGGGCUAUUCGGAGGAAAGCUGAAACCAUUCAGGCCGACACCCCAGCACUGUCCCUCAUUGCAGAGACAGUUGAAGACAUGGUGAAAAAGAACCUGCCCCCGGCUAGCAGCCCAGGGUAUGGCAUGACCACAGGCAACAACCCAAUGAGUGGUACCACUACACCAACCAACACCUUUCCGGGGGGUCCCAUUACCACCUUGUUUAAUAUGAGCAUGAGCAUCAAAGAUCGGCAUGAGUCGGUGGGCCAUGGGGAGGACUUCAGCAAGGUGUCUCAGAACCCAAUUCUUACCAGUUUGUUGCAAAUCACAGGGAACGGGGGGUCUACCAUUGGCUCGAGUCCGACCCCUCCUCAUCACACGCCGCCACCUGUCUCUUCGAUGGCCGGCAACACCAAGAACCACCCGAUGCUCAUGAACCUUCUUAAAGAUAAUCCUGCCCAGGAUUUCUCAACCCUUUAUGGAAGCAGCCCUUUAGAAAGGCAGAACUCUUCUUCCGGCUCACCCCGGAUGGAAAUAUGCCCGGGAAGCAACAAGACAAAGAAGAAGAAGUCAUCAAGAUUACCACCUGACAAACCCAAGCACCAGACUGAAGAUGACUUUCAGAGGGAGCUAUUUUCAAUGGAUGUUGACUCACAGAACCCUAUCUUUGAUGUCAACAUGACAGCAGACACGCUGGAUACACCACACAUCACUCCAGCUCCAAGCCAGUGCAGUACUCCCCCAACAACUUACCCACAACCAGUACCUCACCCCCAGCCCAGUAUUCAAAGGAUGGUCCGACUAUCCAGUUCAGACAGCAUUGGCCCAGAUGUAACUGAUAUCCUUUCAGACAUUGCGGAAGAAGCCUCUAAGCUUCCCAGCACUAGUGACGAUUGCCCACCCAUUGGCACCCCUGUUCGAGAUUCUUCAAGCUCUGGGCAUUCUCAGAGUGCCCUCUUUGACCCUGAUGUCUUUCAAACCAAUAAUAAUGAAAAUCCAUACACAGAUCCAGCUGACCUAAUUGCAGAUGCUGCUGGAAGCCCCAGUAGUGACUCUCCUACCAAUCAUUUUUUUCCUGAUGGAGUAGAUUUUAAUCCUGAUUUGUUGAACAGCCAGAGCCAAAGUGGUUUUGGAGAAGAAUAUUUUGACGAAAGUAGCCAAAGCGGAGAUAAUGAUGACUUCAAAGGAUUUGCAUCUCAGGCACUAAAUACUUUGGGGGUGCCAAUGCUUGGAGGUGAUAAUGGGGAGACUAAGUUUAAAGGCAAUAGCCAAGCUGACACAGUUGAUUUCAGUAUUAUAGCAGUGGCUGGUAAGGCUUUGGGUCCUACAGAUCUCAUGGAGCAUCACAGUGGUAGCCAGAGUCCUUUAUUGACUACUGGGGACUUAGGGAAAGAAAAGACUCAAAAGCGAGUAAAGGAAGGCAAUGGCAGCAGUAAUAGUAGUCUGUCAGGGCCAGGAUUAGAUAGCAAACCAGGGAAGCGCAGCCGGACCCCUUCUAACGAUGGUAAAAGCAAAGAUAAGCCUCCAAAGCGAAAGAAGGCAGACACUGAGGGAAAGUCUCCAUCUCACAGUUCUUCUAACCGACCUUUCACCCCACCUACCAGUACAGGUGGAUCCAAAUCUCCAGGCAGUUCAGGAAGAUCGCAGACUCCCCCGGGUGUUGCCACACCACCUAUUCCCAAGAUCACUAUUCAGAUUCCUAAAGGCACCGUGAUGGUGGGCAAGCCCUCCUCCCAUAGUCAGUAUACCAGCAGUGGCUCUGUGUCUUCCUCAGGCAGUAAAAGCCACCAUAGCCAUUCUUCCUCCUCUUCUUCCUCAUCUUCUGCUUCCAACUCAGGCAAGAUGAAAAGCAGUAAAUCAGAAGGUUCUUCAAGUUCCAAGUUAAGUAGCAGUGUAUAUUCUAGCCAAGGGUCUACUGGAUCUAGCCAGUCUAAAAAUUCAUCCCAGUCUGGGGGGAAGCCAGGCUCCUCUCCCAUUACCAAGCAUGGACUGAGCAGUGGCUCCAGCAGCACUAAAAUGAAACCUCAAGGGAAGCCAUCUUCACUUAUGAAUCCCUCUUUAAGUAAACCAAACAUAUCCCCUUCUCAUUCAAGGCCGCCUGGAGGCUCUGAUAAGCUUGCCUCUCCAAUGAAGCCUGUCCCUGGGACUCCCCCAUCUUCUAAAGCCAAGUCCCCCAUCAGUUCAGGUUCUGGUGGUUCUCAUUUGUCUGGAACUAGUUCAGGCACUGGCAUGAAGUCAUCUUCAGGGUUAGGAUCCUCAGGCUCAUUGUCUCAGAAAACUCCCCCAUCAUCUAAUUCUUGUACAGCAUCUUCCUCUUCCUUUUCUUCAAGUGGCUCUUCCAUGUCCUCCUCUCAGAACCAGCAUGGGAGUUCCAAAGGGAAAUCCCCCAGCAGAAAUAAGAAGCCGUCCUUAACAGCUGUCAUAGAUAAACUGAAGCAUGGGGUUGUCACGAGUGGCCCUGGAGGUGAAGACCCAAUGGAUGGCCAGAUGGGGGUGAGCACAAAUUCUUCUAGCCAUCCUAUGUCCUCCAAACAUAACAUGUCAGGAGGAGAGUUCCAGGGUAAGCGUGAGAAAAGUGAUAAAGAAAAAUCCAAGGUUUCCACCUCGGGGAGCUCAGUGGAUUCGUCUAAGAAGACCUCAGAGUCAAAAAAUGUGGGGAGCACAGGUGUGGCAAAAAUUAUCAUCAGCAAGCAUGAUGGGGGUUCCCCCAGCAUUAAAGCCAAAGUGACUUUGCAGAAACCUGGGGAAAGUAGUGGAGAGGGGCUCAGGCCUCAGAUGGCCUCUUCCAAAAACUAUGGCUCUCCACUCAUCAGUGGUUCCACUCCAAAGCAUGAGCGUGGCUCUCCUAGCCAUAGUAAGUCACCAGCAUAUACUCCCCAGAAUCUGGACAGUGAAAGUGAGUCAGGCUCCUCCAUAGCGGAGAAAUCUUAUCAGAACAGUCCCAGCUCAGAUGAUGGUAUCCGACCACUUCCAGAAUACAGCACAGAAAAGCAUAAGAAGCACAAAAAAGAAAAGAAGAAAGUAAAAGACAAAGAUCGAGACCGGGACCGGGACAAAGACCGAGACAAGAAAAAAUCUCAUAGUCUCAAGCCAGAGAGUUGGUCUAAAUCACCCAUCUCUUCAGACCAGUCCUUGUCUAUGACAAGUAACACAAUUUUAUCUACAGACAGGCCCUCAAGGCUCAGCCCUGACUUUAUGAUUGGGGAGGAAGAUGACGAUCUUAUGGAUGUGGCCCUGAUUGGCAAUUAGGAACCUUUUUAAGACAAAAGUGGCCAGAGAAAAACUAAGUAUAUAGGCAAACCACCAAAAGGGGUGAGUUAGGCAGGUCUGAUUUUGUGUUUAAGAAUCUUAAAUGGCAUGGUUUUGACACCGAGCUGGGUGAAUUUAGAAAGGCAUAGCCAGACCCAACUAAAGAGACCAUAGGGUUUGAUUCUGGUUACCAAGAAUCACUUUUUCUUUUGCCAGAUAAAAGGAAAAAAAAAAGUUAAAAUACUUGCUUAUGAAAGGGAGGGGGUGGGUGGGGCAUAAGGAGAGGGAAGGGUGGGAAACAGUUUUGUGGGAAAUAUUCAUAUAUAUUUUUUUUCCCCUUUUUCCAUUUUUAGGCCAUGUUUUAACUCAUUUUAGUGCAUGUAUUUGAAGGGCUGGGCAGCAAAUGAAAAAGCAAUACAUUCCUUGAUGCAUUUGCAUGAAGGUUGUUCACUUUGUUUGGGUAGUUGUCCAUUUGAGGCAUGGGCAAAUGAAGGACUUUGGUCAUUUUGGACACUUAA